AUGGUACGUUUUUUAUGCGAUGAUAUUAUCCAUGACCUCUUGUUUUAGUCGUUCUUUGGUUUCGGGCAAUCCGCGGAACUCUCCAUCACUUUGGUAGAUGAGGCGACACGUAAGACGGCAUCGAUCCGCUCCGAGGACGGUGGACAGGAGACGCAUCACUUAUUUUUUGAUGGAGAAACGGUGGCUGGGGAACUGGGCAUUCGAUUGAAGAAAGCGGGUCAGAAAUUGGAACAUCAGGGCAUUCGAAUUGAAUUAUUAGGACAAAUUGGUAUGUUUUUUGUUGGUAAAUUGCAAUUCUGAGUUUAGAAGUGUAUUAUGAUCGAGGAAACCAACAUGAAUUUCUUUGUUUGGCAAAGGAAUUGGCCAGACCUGGAGACCUGACGUCAAACGCCGUGUUCUCCUUCAGUUUUGCCAAUGUGUCCAAGCCGUAUGAGAGCUACAUGGGUGUCAAUGUCAAAGUGAGGUAAGGAUAGUAGUUUUUGCUUGCUUUCGGCGUAUUUUGGAUAGAAGUUAUAUGAAUAUAAUCCAUGACAUGAGUUCAAAAAAUUUUGGAUUUAAUAUCCUACUGCAAUUUUAUUCUUGCAGAUACUUCCUUCGAGCUACAAUCAGCCGUCGACUCACUGACUUGACUGCGGAGAAGACCUUGAUUGUCCAUUCCCUCUCGGCCUAUCCAGAAAAUGAGCCCAACAUCAAGAUGGAAGUGGGAAUUGAAGACUGUCUUCACAUUGAAUUUGAAUACAACAAGUCGAAAUACCAUCUGAAGGAUGUGAUCGUUGGAAAGAUUUACUUUUUACUGGUCAGAAUCAAGAUUAAAAACAUGGAAUUGUCGAUUUUGAAGAAGGAGUCAGUUGGAUCUGGACCUUCCCUUUUUUAUGAGACGGAUACGGUUGGCAAGUACGAGAUUAUGGAUGGGGCCCCAGUCAAGGGCGAGAGCAUUCCUAUUAGAUUGUUUUUGUCUUCGUUUGACCUGACACCCACCAUGAACGACAUCGGAAAGAGGUUUUCUGUCCGAUAUUACCUGAAUUUGGUGUUGGUGGAUGAAGAAGAUCGGAGAUACUACAAACAGCAUGUAAGAAUUUUAAAUUUUGUUUUGGUUUUUAGAUGGUGACUUCAUUGAAUUAUGAGAAAUAAUUUAAUGAAGUGAAAAUGUUGGUUUAGUUAUGAGUUUCUGGACCUUUACCUUGCUCAUGUAUAACAUAAAAAAAAUGUUGAUUUUUUGAAGUUGAUGUUGCGAAAAUUUUAGAGUAAGGCUUUUACAGCCUAAGGAAAGUAUUUGCACUUGGAAUGAGUGAUUGAUAUUACUUUAGGAUAGAGUUUGGCCACCGAUGUCAUAAAUGUUUUGAUUUUUGAUAAUUUUUUGUGAAUACUGUUAUUGGUUCUUUUCUUUAAGGAGAUCAUCCUCUUCCGUCGUGCCGACAAACUUGCCCGCAAGCCCCUCUGCGAACAGAUGAUCAAUUCCCAGGCCUCGCAGUGUGAUGAUAUCAAUGACAACAAACCGGCGGAAGUAGUGAUUCCCCAGCCUCGCGAAGAAGAGCCAGUCGUCCCAGAAGUGGAGUAA